GAAAUAUUUCAUCAAACUUCUGCACUCGGACAAUUCACCUUGUAGCUGCGGGGGUGUAUCAAAGAAAAUCCGGUGGCGGUAGAAAUUUAUCGUUAAAUUCUUCAAGAAAAGACUUUUGACCGACGGAAAAAAGGUUACUUUGAAAGCCCACAGCCCUAAGCUGUUGCAUUAUGGACCCCAGUAAGUCUGCCACCGCUCCUCCACAAGAAUGGACUGAUGAAAAGUCCUCCAUGGCCCACGCGCCCCCUCCGCCCUACCAGGACCAGCCGUACCCGGGGUACCCUCAGCCCGGAUACCCGCCACAGCCAGGCUUUGCAUCCCCGCCGCAGUAUGGAGGUCCAGCAUAUGGACAACAGCCAUACCCAGUGGGACAGCAAGCCACUGUCACUGUCCAGCCCACAGUGUUUGUGUCUCAAGGCCCACUGGCUAACCCCGUCAACGACUAUCUGUGCUAUUCCAUCUUCACCAUGCUGUGCUGCUGCCUGCCACUUGGAAUUGCUGCCCUGAUCUACUCCAUCUCAGUGAGUUUGAUUCACUUGUAUUUAUACUCUCUGUGGACUGCCGUACAGACACACAGAACAAAAUGUCCCCCAGCCCAAAUCCAAGCUGGCAGCGAAGGUGCUCUGCACAGAUGUGACCGCGACCUGCCCGCUGUCAUCCACGGCUCUCUGAAGCUCUGUGAGACAAAGUGGCGGUGUUGGCAGCACGGCACGGAGGUCGCCAGGGACCGCCAGUAG